GAUGGUUUCAUGCAUGCAAAUAGAGACUAGACAUAUAGACGCACCCUUCCCCCCACUCAUGUGCAGAAAAAUGUGAAUGAGGUAUAGGAGCUGGAGAUGAAACGGCAUCCCCCCAUCCAUUCUUCCUCACGUAUCCCGCUCCUCAGACUAGAGCCCGGCCAUCAUGUGAUCCCAUGAUUAGACCGCCCACACGCCAUGCACAUGCUCUUCAUGCUAAUACACACACAUACACACACUUCCGCUCAUCAUAUACAUGUACAUUGCCAGCCUUGCCUCCUUUCAUAUACAUUGCCUGCUUGGAUGCUUCUACCAUCGCACACACCACACGCUCACGUGGCGGAGGCCGGAGCUUCGUGGGAGGCAAACCCCCCAUUGCUGCAGAUCAGUCAAUGAGCAGCAUCAGUCCAUGCUGGCACUUCGGAACAAAGGCAAGCACAUGGGAGCCACAUUGCUUCUGCGUCCAUGACAAACUUAUUGAACAGUUUUGUUUCAAGAAAUCAAUCUUUAAUGAGUCCUAAAAGUGUCUUUGAGGAAGAAUGAGACCUCUCUGGAGCACUUGAAACAUUAAACGCUGGGGAAUUGCUCAUUUAAAGCCGUUCAUAAUGUGUACAUAGCCGCAACCCAGCCCCGGAUAAGCAGAUGAAAAUGGAGGGAUGUAUUACCAUGGCCAAAAGAAUGAAUGAUAAUGAUAUUAUUGCAAUAGCUAUAUCACAUUUUAAAUAAUAAGGAUAAUGCUAUAAAUAAAUAAAACAUUUAAAUUUAAAUACUUUUUUGAUUUUUUUUAUCACAGUUUCCAUCAAUAAUAAUCACCCCUGGUCUUCAGCAACACCUCUUAUUCAUAAAAGUUACAUUAGCUUCAAAACAUUGUUAAUCAACAGAUAGAUAAGAUUGGUUACCCACUUUAGAACAAUUAACCACACAUAAAAGUGCAUGCAAUUUAAGCAUUCUUGUAUUGUCCUAGGGCAGCCUGUUCAGAGCAUAUGUCUGCGACCAAGGUAUUUUGUUAUCAUCUUUUUACAAUCAUAUUCACGAAAACGGUCGAUGUAACCACAUCUUUGUGGUACGCGAUGUACUGCCUUUAUUUUUGGUUACAUGAAUGAAAUCCCCCCUCCCCAUCCAUUCAAAGCUUUUCCUUCAUAUCUUCUUCAAACUUGGUGCACAUGGUGUGUCUCACCACCUCCGCCUCCAACAUACUCAGCCCUGCCUACUAUGUACAUCUCCCCACCAAUGAGAGCCUUCUGCCUUUCCAACCUCUGCUGCAGCAGGCACCUGAUUGGCUGCUAUUCUUAGGCAUUUUUGGAAGGAGGCGGAGAUUAGAGUACCUCGUUCUCCCUCUGUUUACACACAUAUGGGAGCAGGCAGUAAGUGAGUGAAUGAGGGAGUUAGGGGGAGUGAGGCUGCUCUGCCUUGCAUCCUCGCAUCCCACAGCAUUCCCACAGCUAUGCUUCCACUAUCUUGUUCUUCCAUGGACCUCUGACCAGCUUUUUAUUCACAUCUGUUCAGCUGAUCAAAGCUUCCACAGUGGACUGUCUGCUCGCUUUGGAUAUUUUGCACAGGCAAGCAGUACAGGAGCACAAAGUGUCCCUGCUGCCUGUCGAACAGGCAGUGCCGGAGAACGACCAGAAAGCUCAGCUCUCUCACUCAGUUUUUAUUUUUGCUCCCAUGCUUGACUUUGUGCUGAAAUGCCAGAAGUGAGUUAUUUCAUCACCGUGUCGUGGAUGUUCAUUCAGUUCAAGAGGAUGCUGAACCGAGAACUCACCCAGCUGUCAGAAACCAGCCGUUCAGGGAACCAAGUGUCCGAGUUCAUCUCUAGCACCUUCCUCGAGAAGCAACAUGACAUGGACAUCAUGUCUCCGCCCACCAAGGAGAAGGACAAGAAGAAGCGACCCAUGUCCCAGAUCAGCGGUGUGAAGAAGGCCACCCACAGCCCCAGCCUUGCCCCCUCCACCAUCCCGCGCUUUGGGGUCAACGCCAGCCAGGAGGGACUCCUAGCCAAGGAGUUAGAGGACGUAGACAGAUGGGGCAUUGACAUCUUCAAGGUUUCUGAGUAUUCUGGAAAUCGCCCACUGACGGUCACCAUGUACACCAUUUUCCAGGAACGCGAGCUGCUGAAGUCCUUUAAGAUUCCAGUGGACACGUUCAUCACCUUCAUGAUGACUUUGGAGGAUCAUUACCAUGCCGAUGUGGCCUACCACAACAACAUCCAUGCUGCAGACGUUGUCCAGUCCACAAAUGUCUUACUGUCCACACCUGCUCUGGAGGCUGUGUUUACCGAUCUGGAGAUCCUUGCAGCUCUGUUUGCAAGCGCCAUCCAUGAUGUGGAUCACCCUGGAGUCUCCAAUCAGUUUCUCAUCAACACCAACUCAGAGCUGGCCCUGAUGUACAAUGACUCGUCGGUUUUAGAGAAUCACCACCUGGCUGUUGGCUUCAAGCUUCUGCAGGAGGACAACUGUGACAUCUUUCAGAACCUCAGCAAAAAGCAGAGACAGUCGCUGCGCAAAAUGGUCAUUGAUAUGGUGCUGGCCACAGAUAUGUCUAAACACAUGAACCUACUGGCAGACCUGAAAACCAUGGUGGAGACCAAGAAAGUCACCAGUCUAGGAGUUCUACUGCUGGACAACUACUCAGACCGCAUACAGGUCCUUCAGAACAUGGUGCACUGUGCAGACCUGAGCAACCCCACCAAGCCUCUAGAGUUGUACCGGCAGUGGACAGACCGCAUCAUGGUGGAGUUUUUCACCCAGGGGGACAGAGAGAGAGACAAGGGCAUGGAGGUCAGCCCCAUGUGUGACAAACACAACGCCUCAAUAGAGAAGAACCAGGUGGGUUUCAUCGACUACAUUGUUCAUCCUCUGUGGGAAACGUGGGCUGACCUUGUCCAUCCAGAUGCUCAGGAGAUCCUGGACACACUGGAGGACAACAGAGAGUGGUACCAGACCAUGAUCCCCCACAGCCCCUCACCCCACCCAGAGUGCGAGGAGGAGGGAGCCCUCACUGGGGAAGCAUCAGCACUCGGUGGGGGCAGUGGCUCCAUUUCAGCCGACAAGUUUCAGUUUGAGCUGACCUUGGAAGAAGAGGGAGAGUCUGAGACGGAGACUCCACCUGAGGAUGAGGAGGGCUACAGCGGCAGUCGGGGGCCCGAACUCUCCAGAACUGAUUCUGGCAGUGGAUUUGAUUCUGCUACGACUCUUCGGCUCACCAAAAAACUCAGUACUGAUUCAGGCAGGACGUUUUCUUUAGACUCUGAUAAAGAAAUGGCAGAAGACAGAGAAACAAACCAGGAAGGCGUCUCUGGAGUACCGCGCUUCAGACUCGGCACAUAGCACCAGUCAAAAGUUGUAUUUCUUUUGGCCUUUUUCUGUUUAUUUUUCUUGAUUCGGUGCCUCCUCUGUCACUCCCCUUCACCCACUCCAACCAAACACCACUGGUUUCUGCGGACAGGCUGACAGCUAGCCUCGGGGUGGGGAGUACGGGAGUGCGGGCGGGUGCGAGGGGGUGUUAAGAAAGUCUGCAGUUUUACACAGCAGUCACUUGCACUGGAGAGAGACAGAUAGACUGAGUUCUAAUAGAAGACAGGAAACCAAGUUUCUGACCGGUCCUUUGUGUUCUGUGUCUUUCAGUCAGACAUACUGUGGAUAAAGUUCCACAUAGACAGUGAGAAGUUUUAAAAAAAACUUCCUUUUACCAGCCAACCCAAGGUCUACUACAAGAGAACUGUCUUCCUCUUUUGUGAAGAAAGUGAGGAAGUGAUGAAUGAGCGUGAAAACACGACGUCUUGUGAGACAACUUGCCAAACUUGCAAUUUACAGGGACAAUGCUGUUUGCCUGCCUUUUUAUUUUUAUUUUUUGUUUGUUUAUUCUGUUGUCUUUUAUUCAGAUCCUACAUGAAAUGAAGAUACAGUAAAUUGCAGACUUCAGAGCAGUUUAAGCAAAGUAUUGGCAGAAAGGAGCUAUGCAUGAUUUUAUGCAGGAAACUUUAAAUGUAGCAGACAUUUUGAGUGACUCUAUCAUUGUGAUGUAUACGUAGCACUCCCGUCAGCUGGUGUUGCACAGCCCAUUUAACUGUGUUUAGCACGCAGCAAUUUUGGAAGAAUUUUAUGAAAAAGAUGUGGCUGGCAGUACAUAUUAUUUUGAGAAUUUCAGUUGUAUCAGGCUUAUUAUUUCCAUUUUUAUAAUCCUAAACUAUGAUAUUGUCGGUGACAAAACUGAGUCAGGGUCAGUGUAGUGUUAUACAGUCAAGGAGUUGCAUCCAAAGCAAUGUGGGCUGUGCACAUGGUGCCUCCCAGUGUUGACAAGUGGAACUGAAGUUCUGGCAUUGGAGGCAAAUGAUUUGCAUAUAUGGAAAAUACAUUUAAAAUGUAUUUAACUGUAGGACUACCCCAAAUAUCAGUCAUGUUUCAGGGUUUUUUGCUCUUUUUGAUUAUUUUGUUGGAUUAUGUUUAAAUUUCAAGUCACUUAUCUUUGCAUUCUUAACAUUUGGCACCCAUUUUAUCAGUUAGCCUUCAAGUUUAGCACUUUACAGUUUAGUACACAGCAAACCUUCAUUGUGGUUUUAAAGGGCUUAAGCCAAAACAUGAACACAUUGGAGGCCGCAAAACAAUUUGUCAGGCAACCAGCACAGGAAUCAUGCAAAAGUACAGCUAUGAAUGCAUUAAACUGUCCAUUGAAAUCCAUUAUCGUUACUACUUAACAUGUCACACACAGCAGCAACUACCUACUGAAAUAGUAUAUAAUAUUUAGCUAAAUCCACAUGAAUAAAGACUGAUAAGGGCAGUGUGUAAUGAGCACAAGGGUUGCAAAGAAGGAUGUUAGCAUCAAUGUAACUGUAAAAAAAAUUCAGGAGACAGUUUUCUGUGCCAGAAUUUUUUUUUCAUCUUUUUUCUCUCAUUGAUCAAUAUUUCGCUCUUCACAGGGACAUAGUCAAUGACAAAACAAGUGCCAAGCAAGCAUGACACAACCCGUACUGUAAUUUCCAUUUUGCCACUGGCUACUUUCCAUCAGUGACUGAUAACGUUGGUUGAUUGUAGCACCCUGUGUGCCAAUCUGACCCUAUAGUGUCUCUGUUCUUUUUUUUCUAACUCCUGUUCAAACAGUAACUGAAACUGAUAUUGUCUUAAACAGUGAUGUGUUUUUUUUGUGUUCGAGUGAAUGACUAGAUUGACUUUUUGAUGUAUUUGCUAAGAAAAAAACCAAAGCACUUUGUAUGGUACUUUUACAGUUCUGCACUUCCAGUACAGUUGAACAUGUAUAAUGUGACUGUUUCACUGUUUUUCUGUUGGCAAACGGCCUGGUGGUUGAGUUGAAUUGCACGGGCUGCACCACUACAGCUCUUAAAGGUCGGAUGUUGGAGGGACUGAAGUUUUUGUUCUUUUUAUAAUUGACUGUAAAAAAAAAAAAAAAAAAGAAGUGUUUUGUUGAAAUGCAUGACAUUGGCUGCAGGAUUUAAAGAAGAGUAUACUUUCAAAACUUAGCCUGUGGAAAAACUUCUAUUCUAUUUUAUUACCAUGAAACAGAGUAAGUCAUGUUUUAAUGUGUGAAUGAGCUGAAAGUUUUUUGACGCCUUAUUUUCAAACUUGGGAUUUUUUUUCCGGUCAUAGAUGUGUUCACUGACAUGCUGGAGUAAAACAUGUGCAAUCUUUUCUGUAGCCAUAAACAGCAUCAAACAGUCCAAUACUCAAGGAUGCCUUCAACACUAAGGACUAUUUAACAACAGCAUAACCAGCAGCACAACAUGCGAAGAUUCAGCCUGUCUCUCUGCGUGUCACUAAUUGUUUGAUUUUGUAAAUUUCCUCACAGUGCUUCAUGUACAGUUUAUUUAUUAUUUCUGUAUUACCUGUCAGAAACGAUGGAACAGUAGACUUUUUCUAGUCUGAGGUUUAUGUGUAGCUUGAUGUGUGAGAAAGACACACAGGACAGAUUUCAACUAUUACUCAGCUUUUUUCCUUCUCGUUUCAUUUCUAUGUCUGCAAAUAACAUUAUACAUAAACAAGAAUACUCACUUUCAUGUUUUUCUGGGUAUAUAAAUAGUUUAGUGACAGAUUUCCGUCUGAGUUUGCUGAAACAUCUUUCAUCCCCUGACUUCCUCUGUUUCCACUGUUUGAUCAGAUCACGUAUUCAUGAAGGAUCUUACAGUAAGCGUGCUGAUUCUGAGAUUCUUUCAUUCAUAGUGAAGAUAAUGUAGACACACGGCCUCAAGUCAUCCUUGAUCAGUAUUUCUGUUCUUAGAGAUUUUAUGAAUAUGGGUCAUGAACCAUGACUCUGCAGCUUUGACAAUCCAAACUCUGCUGUUUAACUGCGGGUGUGUUAGCCCUCUCUCCAACUAGAACUGUAUGCCUUGCCAAUAAAGGAAACUCUUCACUCUU